AAGUGCUCCUGCUUGCUUUUGAGACCAUCUGCAGAAAAAAGUUCAUCCCCUUCAACAGUCCUCCAUAGCUUUUCUUCUCACUUUUUUCUUCUUCCUCAUAAUCCAUGGAUGCUACUGCUCAGUGGCCACAGGGGAUUGGAGUGGUGAAGCCCAUGGAGAGUGGAAGCAGUACUAGGCCUAUGCUGGAAAGGAGGCAGGGGAGGCCUCAGAAGGAACAAGCUUUGAACUGCCCAAGGUGCAAUUCCAUCAACACAAAAUUUUGCUACUACAAUAAUUACAGCCUAAGCCAGCCAAGAUACUUCUGCAAGACUUGCAGAAGGUACUGGACAGAGGGUGGGUCUCUGAGAAAUGUUCCAGUGGGGGGAGGCUCAAGGAAGAACAAGAGGCCUACCCCAUCAUCACCAUCCCCAUCACCAUCAUCAUCACAAUCACAAUCAGCAAAAUUGAAGUUUCCUGAUCAUCUGGCCCCACCCCCUGGCUUCCCUGACCUAUCGUCGUCAUCAUCAUCAUCAGCUGCAUCAGCAUCAGCAGUUGCUGCCAUGAAUUCUCAAAACCCUAAGAUCAAUGCAGGGCAGGAUCUCAACCUGGCCUACCCACCAACUGAUCAUCAUCACAAUUUCAGUGCUAAUUCUAGCAUUUCUGAGUUCAUGCCAUUUGGGGCUGCCCCAAACCCUAGCUCCUCCUCUGGGUUUGCCUCAAGGGGGCUCAGUUCUUUCAUGGCUUCGAUGCCGAUGGCGAAUUCGGGUUCCGGUUCGGGUUCGAGCUCGAUAUACCCAUCUGGGUUUGUUGGGAUGCAUGAGUACAAGCCAAGUUUGAAUUUUUCUCUUGAUGGGUUUGAGAGUGGGUAUGGAGGGCUACAAGGGGUUCAAGAGAGUAGCAGUGGUGGUGGUGGUGGUGGUGGUGCUAGGGUUUUGUUUCCUUUCGAAGAUUUGAAGCAAGUUUCAAGCACAAGUGGUCAUCAGCAAGUGCUUGAGCAGAAUAGAGGUCAGCAUCAUCAGGGAGAAUCCAAUGGGUACUGGAAUGGAAUGCUAGGGGGAGGAUCAUGGUAAGUUAAUACUCCCCAAAAAAAUGAAGAAGAAGAAGAAGAAGAAGAAGACGAAUGGAGUAUCUGUUAUAUUUCUUUUCUUUUUCAAAUGGCGGGUGUGACUUUGUUUUCAGGUGAUGAGCAAAAUUAACUAACAAAUAGGGUACAUGGGGUUCUUUUCUUUGUCUUUUUUUUUUUCAUAAAGAAUCUAUCUGCAUGCCUUUUGCUUUUUCCUUUUUUCCUUCUUGAUUUACUUUUGUUCAAUGAUAUAUGCUGCUAUAUAGCUUUAAUGGUUGAUCUUGUGAAGUUAACUCU